CUCUUGCACGCACACCCACACACUCCCUCUACGAUACUCGUACAGUACUGCCGGUAUCGUACUACCGGUACUGUACUCAACGGGGUGCCGUACUAAAGCUACAUUACCACACUUUACCCGCUACCGGUACUUGUCAUACCGCUCGUGCAAGAAGAUCGGGACACCUGCAAAAUAAUAGGGGCAAAGAUAGGACUUUCCCCCAUAUUUUGGAUCAAGCAAAUUUUUCUCCAGCCAAAGCGGGAUAAUAAUACCAGUGUCAUUGUUACGUUGUUCCUAGAUUCCCCCGAAAGGGCCUCGAAAAUCGGACGAACUCUCUUGUCUUCUUUCCCUCCCUUUCCUCCCCCUUCUGGUACCUCGAAAUUGAGUUCGUUCGCCACCGCCUGCACUGCACAACGCAUUAACUGUCGCAAUGCAGCUUCCACUGCUCCCUCCGUCCUUAACGACGAAGAAACCCCCUCCACAAUGGGACCCUUUUACUCCCAUGGUUACGGGCCUCUCCAAGAGCGCUUGUAUACAUCCCAUUCAUACAAUCGUGAUAAUAGCUCUUUUGGCCUCAACCACCUAUAUUUCGCUUCUCGAGAAUAGCUUGUUCGAGAGAAGUGGGAAGAAUUGGUUCGGAUGUGCAAAGAGAGGGGCACUCCUUGAUGGAAGUGUUCGAGUUGGCCUCGGCGAGGAAACUCAAUGGAAAUGGAAGGAGAUUGGAAAUCGGGCUAUGGAAGAUAAGUCUGCUAUGGAAUUGGCUCUUUUGACCCUUUCAUUCCCCGUAGGAUCAAAGUUUUCGGUGUUGGUACCUUCCAACAGCUCGGCAAUUGCUCUUCCCUCGGGUCUCUCGUCCGCCGUUUAUGCCAUUCCCCACUCCGAGCUUAACACCUUCGUGGACUCGGUUGCCGAAUUGCCGGCUGCCGACGGCCAUGAUAAUCAGGGUCGUCGUCGUCGCUGGGUUCAGGUUGGGCUAGACCACACAGGGAGGGGUUGGGCGGAGAAGAUUCAUGAAUCCGCAAACAGCUUUAUCGAGCAUGUCAAGAACGCGGAGCCACUUGAUAUUGCCAUCGUGUUCCUUGGAUACUUGUCCAUGCACUUGACAUUUUUGUCGUUGUUCAUGUCUAUGCGACGUUUGGGAUCCAACUUCUGGUUGGCGACGACUGUACUUUUUUCUUCGACCUUUGCCUUCCUUUUUGCCUCUAUCGCAACUCACAAGAUGGGAGUUCCGAUUAACAUGAUUCUCCUUUCCGAAGGUCUCCCCUUUUUGGUUGUCACUAUCGGAUUCGAAAAACCUAUCAUCCUGACUAGAGCUGUUCUCGAGGCUUCACAGAAGAAGGCUAGACAGGCUGGUUCUUCAAAUGCUGCGCCUAUCCAGGCAGCCAUCGUGGCCGCUGUUCGGGAUAAGGGCUUUGAGAUUGUUCGUGAUUACAUAAUCGAAAUCAUUAUUCUCUCUCUUGGAGCUGCGUCUGGUGUGCAGGGUGGAUUACGACAGUUCUGUUUCUUGGCUGCAUGGAUUUUGGCUUUCGAUUGCAUCCUUCUAUUCACCUUUUACACCGCCAUCCUCGUCAUUAAGCUCGAGAUCAACAGAAUUAAGCGUCACGUGGCUCUCCGUAAGGCACUUGAGGAAGAUGGCGUCAGCAGGAGGGUUGCCGAGAACGUGGAAGAUGCUGGAGUGUUCGGAAACCGUGUUCGGGAUUCAAGUGUUGGAAAGUUUAAGGUUUUGAUGGUCACUGGAUUCGUUCUGGUCAAUAUCUUCAACCUAUGCACCCUUCCCUUCAGGGAUAACUCGAGUUCGACCGUUAUUGCUACGGAAAAGCAGCCCGUCAAUGUUGACUGGACCCUUGCUGGCGCAUCAUUGGAGAGUAUGAUUUCCGACAAGGUCCCAAUGGUAGUUGAAAGUUUGCUGAGGAGCUUGGAAGACCCUGUCUUGAGUAAAUGGAUCUUUGUGGCGCUUGCAAUGAGCUUGGUUCUUAAUGGAUACCUCUUCAAUGCCGCAAGGUGGAGUGUCAAGGAGACCGGCCAUAGUCGGGAAUAUGAAGCCAGCACUACAGCCAAUGGAUUGGUCGAUAUGGCUAUGGCACCCUCCGUGGAAACCGGGAACGAAGUUGGUAGAACGCUCGUCGAAUGUGAGGAAAUGCUCAAGGAAAAGCGCGCGAGGGAGCUCAACGACGCAGAGCUUGUGGAAUUGUCUCUCCGCGGAAAGAUCCCCGGCUAUGCCUUGGAAAAGACUCUUGCAGACACUGGUCGCGCGGUCCGCAUUCGGCGAUCUGUCAUUUCAAGGACGCCUGCUACUAUGGACAAAACUGGCCUUUUGGAACGCUCCCUUCUACCCCACGAACAUUACGACUACGAUAGAGUUCUUGGCGCUUGCUGUGAAAACGUUAUUGGCUAUAUGCCUCUUCCAGUUGGUAUUGCCGGUCCUUUGAACAUCGAUGGUGAAAUUUUCUAUCUCCCUAUGGCUACAACUGAGGGUGUUUUGGUCGCCAGUACUUCCCGUGGAUGCAAGGCUAUCAAUGCCGGCGGUGGGGCUGUUACCGUCUUGACUGGAGAUGGGAUGACCAGAGGACCUGUUGUCGAAUUCCCGAGCGUUCGUAGAGCCGGUGCUGCCAAGAACUGGAUCGAUUCCGAAGAAGGACAGAGGAGACUCAAGAAGGCUUUCGACUCCACUUCUAGAUUUGCUAGACUUCAAACUAUCAAGACUGCUCUUGCCGGAACCUAUCUUUUCAUCAGGUUCCGAACUACCACCGGCGACGCCAUGGGUAUGAACAUGAUUUCUAAGGGAGUCGAGUAUGCCCUGCACGUUAUGAGCACAGAAUGUGGAUUUGACGACAUGUUCAUUGUCUCUGUUUCCGGAAACUAUUGCACUGACAAGAAGCCCGCCGCUAUUAACUGGAUCGAGGGACGCGGUAAGAGUGUCGUCGCUGAGGCUAUCAUCCCUGCUGCUGUUGUCAAGAGUGUCCUCAAGAGCGAUGUCAAUGCUUUGGUUGAGCUGAAUAUCUCGAAGAACUUGAUUGGUAGUGCAAUGGCUGGAAGUGUUGGUGGCUUUAACGCUCACGCUGCCAACAUCGUCACCGCUGUCUUCUUGGCCACUGGACAAGAUCCCGCACAGAACGUCGAAUCCUCCAACUGUAUCACUGUCAUGAAGAGGACUGCUGAAGGUGCUCUCCAAAUUUCGGUCUCUAUGCCUUCGAUCGAAGUUGGUACCAUCGGUGGUGGUACUAUUCUUGAGCCCCAGGGCGCCAUGCUUGACCUUUUGGGCGUCCGCGGAGCCCAUCAGACAAACCCUGGAGAUAACGCUCGUAAACUCGCACGGAUUGUUGCUGCUGCGGUUUUGGCUGGAGAGCUCAGCUUGUGCUCAGCUCUUGCUGCAGGCCACCUUGUGAAGAGCCAUAUGGCGCAUAAUAGAAGUGCACCCACUUCCCGUGCUACUACACCUGUGCCUACUGAAAAGGCUCCACUUGCAGGACUAACUAUGACCACGAUGAGAUAGAAGCUUGAAAUACCCCAUUAUAAAGCGAGCGAAGGCGUUGGUGUAUAGCUAUGAUACAUUUUACCGGACCAUCUGCCCUAGGUCACGUUUCUUUCGUUUUCCAUGUUUUUCCUUCAUACCAAGUAGAGGGUUCUACCCCGGGCUAAUUUUCCUCGUUUCCUUCUUAUCUUGAGCGUUUUUACACUGCAUGUGCACAGGUUCCCAGUCUUUUGCUAGGAGCAAUGAUAUGAAAGUGGGAGUUGGGAUGGCGUUCCAUUUCUACUGUAUAUGUUUUCUUUUUCCUUUCUUGAUAGAGAUGAACUAGCUUUGGUAUUUAAUAUCCAGGAGUGAGAGGGGUUGGAAUAAUUUCACGUCGGCGAGUGGUUUGUGAGCUGUGAGCUGUGGGGGGAUUCUGGUAGCCUUGGAUAUGAAUUCAACGACAUUGCGUGCGAACGGCGUUUUAAUA